AUGACGCUCUCCUUUGACACCAUAGGAACAUCCUCUUUCUCUACAUAUGGGAUUUUCCUACUCAUCGCUAUUCUUUUAUACGUCCUCAAGGCCUUCAGCUUUAACCAGCGAUGUUUAGAUAGGAUACCCACAGUGGGCGGUCCUUCGGACCCGAUUCUUUCUUACAUUGGUGCAUUUCGCUUUUUCACUGGUGCACGGGACUUGGUGCAGCAAGGUUAUUCCCAGUUCAAGGGUGGCGUAUUCAAGAUCGCCCGGAUAGACCGAUGGCUAGUCGUCGUGACCGGCACAAAGUUCAUGGAAGAGUUCAGAACAGCCCCAGAUGACGUGUUGUCCUUCACAGCAGCUACUACUGAUACUCUUGCCAUUCCAUGGACGCUGGGACCGAACAUACGCGAGAACGAAUAUCACGUCCAGAUUAUCCGCUCUCAGCUGACGCGAAACCUGGGGAAUGUUGCCGUCGAGAUGCACGAUGAGGUGGUUGCUGCGUUCAGUGACGAAGUUAAGCUCCAGGAGAACGGCAAGCACCCUUCACCCUUUCCCUUGUUUGCUUCGUCUUCACUGCUGGCCGUUUAG